AUUCUGCCUUUUAUCUCUCUCUCUCUCGCUCUCUGGUCUCUCCCUCUCUGCACUACCAUUGCGUUUCAAUGGCGACUCUGCAAUCUCUCGCCUCCACUCCCCAUCUGCAUCAUCCUUCAUCCACCAAAGUUUUCGCUUCCGCCACACUCCACCGGAGCGCCUUCUCCGCAUUCUACGGCCGCUCUCUUAGCGUUUCCGGCGGAAAAUGCCAGACGCUCGGUCGGCGGAGAUUUGAAGCGCACGGACGGCCUCGGAAUCCGAUCGUGAUGAUGAUGGUUCGGCCGAAGAUUCAGUUCAUCCAGGGCACGGACGAGCAGACGGUGCCGGACGUGAGACUGACCAAAUCGCGAGACGGCACCAACGGAAUGGCCAUUUUCAAGUUCGAUGAGCCGUCGGUGUUCGACUCGUCGGCUGAGGUUGGAGACAUUACAGGAUUCUACAUGAUCGAUGAGGAAGGCGUGAUUCAGUCGGUGGAUGUGAAUGCCAAGUUCAUCAACGGGAAGCCGGCAGGAAUCGAGGCCAAGUACGUGAUGCGGACCCCGAGGGAGUGGGACAGGUUCAUGAGAUUCAUGGAGCGAUACUCCAACGCCAAUGGCUUGCAGUUCGUCAAGAAAUGAAAAUCGCUUAAUCUGGUAUCUGUUCCUCAUUCUUAAUUCUUUUUUCCUUCUGAUUAGAUUGAUCUGUUUCAGCCAAUUUUGUUUGGCUUUGAAUCACGAUCAAUACUGUGAUCAUGCUGAUGGGUUAAAGAGUUAAUUGGAAAUGUGUUGUAUGUUUUUCUAU